AUGGACGUCGCGGCGAAGCAACUCACCGCGCUCCACGCCAACGGGAUCAACGUCCAGGCGACGCGACACGCGCGGCGCGUCUACGUCGGCGCGCUCACCGCGGACGUGGACGACGCGCACCUGACGCAGUUCUUCGAGGAGAUCAUGCUCGCGACCGGCGCGACGAAGCGCGUGGACGGCGGGUGCGUCGUGUCCACGUACAUCAACCGCGAGAAGUUGUUCGCGUUUAUCGAGUUUCAAACCGUCGAGGAGGCGAGCAACGCGCUCGGAUUCGACGGCGUGGUCUACGGUGGCCAGCAGCUGCGGUUGCGACGGCCGAACGAUUACAACAUCGCCCAGGCGUCGCUGUUGGGCCCGCAGCAGCCGAACCCGAACUUAAACUACUCCGCGAUCGGGAUCAACCACACGCCGACGCCGAUGGUGGCGUCCACGGAGAACUCGACGUCGCCGUAUAAGCUCUUCGUCGGCGGCCUUCCGAAUUACAUCACGGAGAACCAGGUCAAGGAGCUCGUGUGCUCGUUCGGGGAGAUCAAGGCGUUCAACCUCGUGUUCGACAAGGACACCGGCUUAUCGAAAGGGUACGCGUUCUGGGAGUUCCUGGACCCCUCCGUGAGCGAGGCGGCGAUCAAAGGUCUCGACGGCAUGCGGCUCGGCGAGAAGCUCAUCAACGUGAAAUUCGCAAACGGCAACCCCCCCCCGAUCGGCGGAUAUAACGCCGCGGGGGAAGACGGAACGUCGACCGUCGCGGCGCAGCAGCAGCUCGGAUACGUCGCGAACGUGCCGCUGGCGACCGCGACGGCGCUCACCGGCGGCGUGGAGACGACGUGCGUCCGGUUGAAAGGGAUGGUCUCCCGAGAAGAGCUCGCGGAUCCGACCGAGGCGGCGGAGAUACUCGAGGACACGGAGGAGGAGUGCAAAGGGUUCGGAUCGCUCGUGAAGGUGCUCAUGCCGCGGCCGGGGCCGCACCCGGACCUCGACCCGGUCGGCGUCGGCGAGGUGAUGUUGAAGUUCGCGACGGUGGAGUGCGCGAGACGCGCGCAGCGGAGUUUGAACGGGCGGAAAUUCGCCGAUCGGCUCGUGGGCGCGGUGUUCGUCAAGGAGAGCGUCUUCGACGAGCGCGACCGCGGCGACGCCUGA